AUGAAAUCCAAAGCAGAGUUCGAGGCCAUCGUCCACUACGAAUGCUCGAACACUCAGCGCAAGAUCCGUAUGUGGAAAAAGCAGCUUCUCCAGGCGCCUCUAGAUACAGACGAGGCAAGUCAGGUUACAGAACCCUUGGGUGAGAAGUAUGCAGAGGUAGACUACCGUGUCAUCUCGAAGUUGAUCAAGCUUGCUCUGCUCCUAGCAACCUCGAAGGGUACAAGCUUCGGUUUGGCAAAUCUAGAGGAGGCGGUGGUUUUGCAUCGCUGA